GCUGACCAGUAGAUGCGUGUGGUCAUUGCGUCGAGACAAAGGAGAAGUCGGUCGGCGUCAUGCGUUGGCCUUCCUCAUUCGUUCUCGCUCGUUGCGUUGAGCUCCUGUCGUCUCUAACAUUACAGCUCCUUCAAGAUCUACGAUCCUCUCGAUGCCUUUCAUCUCGUCGGCCAAGACACCUCCUUCCACCGAUGCGUUGAUACACCUGACAUCGCGUUCUAUGCACAGGUCAGCCCCUAACUGGAUGCAUGGCUAGCUCGGAACCGUGCCCCUGCAGCUGUACGAACCACACACCGCUCCCUCACCGAAACUUACAUGCGACCAACGGAACACAUUCUUUCAUAAAUUCUCGAUUUCCUUCCAAUUCUUGUAGUUUCAUAUAGCACCUGCACUCCUUUUCAAGUUCUACCUUCAUUUUAUAUCAAUAGCGAAAUGCCACCCCGAAGCGUGUGUUUGAAUGUGUUCACGACGAGUCUUGGCGAUGCGAACGCGGCGGUGAGAGAUGAUGGAACGUCCGCGUUCAAUAAUGGAGGUUUUGGUAGCUCAGGCCUAGAGAGGAGAGAUAGUGCGCAGAGUGACAACACUCAAAGAUCCCCAUCCAGCUCCGCCUCACCGCCACCAACGUCAACGUCAACAUCAUCAUUUCCUGCCGUUCACAGGCCCGAACUCUUCUCAUCGCUCAGACAUACGGCUAGCACUGAGAGUUUUAGUUUUUCUCUCGCUUCUAAACCAUGCUCCACAUGCUCAGGUGGGCCCGCGAAACUUCGCUGCUCUCGCUGCAAGGCUGCAUUUUACUGCGACAAGGCGUGCCAGAAGUCGGCGUGGAAAGCUCAUCGAACGGUGUGCGAACCUGCUUCUCAGUCUCAGGGUUACUCUGCUCCGGCAACGCCCAACUUUUCUACCCCGACCAGCCCCGUCAGCGAGUCUUGAAGAGUAAGGGAUAGACUGGGCCGAAUAUGCAGAGUCGCAUCAGAUCGGAACGUAAUGCUUGUAUAUUUUUGCGAUGCAGGAUGAGAGAGAAGGAGAGGAAUGAAACAAAAGCAAGGCUUUAACGACUUUUAACGACUAAAUGGGCAUUUCAGGUGUUGGCGUUCAUGGGACUCGAGCCUUUUUCUAGAACGACGAAGCAUUCAAUUGCUAAGAUAGAUCAAUUCAUUUUUAUCGCACUCAC